ACUUUAUGGACGAAAACCAUCACUAAAUCCACACCAGAAUAGAGGAAAACAACGGAUUUUAAUGAUUGAGAAGUGAUUUAAAGUGUUGUUAGCAUUGAAUGCAUCCAAUUGUGAGCCAAUGCGAGUCAAUGCAUGUCUUUAUCACACAAUCGGCACUUCAAGGCUGUCCUUAACUGCACUCAAACACUGCAAUCAAUUCAUUCAAAACAAGUCUUUCAUUAAUUUAGUCACAAAUCGGAGUCAAAAGAGCGAAACGAUUAUGAGUUCCGGCAAUGGAUUGAAUGCAUCCAAAAGAGACGCCGCCUUUAAGGCCGUCGACAAUCAUCUCAAGAAUGGUCUUAAAGUGGGAAUCGGUUCCGGAAGUACUAUAGUGUUCGCCGUCCAGAGGAUCGCGCAGAAGGGUCUCGACGUGAUCUGUGUUCCCACAUCUUUCCAGUCAAAGCAAUUGAUUCGCGACAAUGGCUUACGUCUAAGCGAU